AAAUCUACUCAGAGACAACCAGGUUGUGCAAUUUAUGACUAAUGAAAAAUCAGUAAAAGUUAGAUGCCUCUGUAUAUGAAGUAACAUGACAACUGUGUAUCGACUUGUCAUUUUCUUUUGUUACAAAUGGACAACCUGACAUUCAGAUAUAGUGUACUCUUAGUGGAAGGACUGCAAGUUACACCUCAGUCAAGCCAGCUCACAUUCAUUUUUCUGUUGAUGGCUUAUGUCUUUGCAAUGGUGUCUAACAUUGGGAUUUUGAUUCAGAUCUCAGCAGAAAAAAGUUUACACCAGCCUAUGUACAUUCUUUUCUGUCACUUGCCAGUGAAUGAUAUUAUGGGUGCAACUGUUCUCUUACCGCAUUUACUGAAGGACUUAAUAACAGACCCAUCUGAGCGCUACAUCACAUAUGUGGAGUGUGUUUUCCAAGCUUUUUUUACACAUUUAUAUGGAACAACAUCCCAUACUAUUUUAAUGAUAAUGGCCUUUGACAGAUAUGUGGCCAUAUGCAAUCCACUGCGAUACCCAACAAUAAUGAGCAAUAAUAUGGUGGUUAAACUGUCAGCAGGAGCCUGGGGUGCUGCAGUAGUUCCAGUGUCAAUUUUGAUUGGCCUCAGUGUGCGUCUCUCUCACUGCAGAUCAUUCAUUGCAAACCACUUUUGUGACAAUCCUUCACUAUUUAAACUGUCCUGUGAAAAUGUAGUGAUUAAUAAUGUAUAUGGUUUAACAUUUACUGUGGUUUUACUCACCUCUUCACUGGGGUGGGUGUUACUGACAUAUCUCAGAAUAUUGAUGGUAUGUAUAAAAAGCAAAAACAAAGCAACCAACAGCAAAGCUCUCAAAACAUGCAGCUCUCAUUUGGCUGUUUAUGUAAUCUUGAUAGUAUUUGGUUUCGUCCCAAUUUUUCUGCAUCGUUUUUCUGAGUAUGCUGAGACUAGAAAGUUUGGGAAUGUAAUGUUUCAUGUUAUACCACCAGGAUUGAAUCCCAUAAUAUAUGGUUUACAAAUCAAGGAAAUAAGACAAAGAAUGUUAAGACUUUGCAUAAAAAAGGUUAAUUCUAGCUGAUUUUCACUUAUUUACAGAUUUAUAUAUACAAUACAGUUGCCACUGUAAUAAUGUGAACAUUUUCUUUGAGUGCAAAUUUUAAAUUUUAAAAUACAAUAUGUAUUGUAAUUUCUUUCUAAGAAUUUCCUGUGUUUAUAGGCAUAGCAGAUAGAGCAGGCAACGUGCAUAGAUGUAUAACAUAAAUAUAUGAUAACAGACAGCAUAAUUAAUGAAGGCAUAUUUUUCAGCUGGUGUACACUAAAUAAAUAUUAAUAAUUACUUUUAAUUUGCUCUUUUCACCAUUUCAAGUGUAUUAUUUGAUAAGAAUUUGUAUGAUAUGAUUAAACAAUACGUGGGUAAAUAAAAAAUAAAGAAAAGAAAAUUAAAUAAAGCAGGCAACAUUGCACAUCAGCAUUUGCACAUGCACAGAAAGCAAGAAUAUUUGAAUCUUCUUUGAGUUUAAUUUGAACCAAUUUGGUUAAAAAUUGUUAGUAUCACAAAAUUCUCUCCAACCCUCCAACCUUUUCUGCAAUUGUAAGAAGGGUACUUCACAAUUCACCCUUUCUGUUGUGAUAAUACAAUAUCAGUACAAAGUAUUGCUAUCUUAUAUUGCUCAAAUAUGUGUCCUCGUUCUUUGUAAUUUAAUUAAUAUCUAGUUCAGUCAUGAAAUACUAGAUGGUGCAGAAUGAUAUACCCUUUGACAUGAAAUCUGCUGGCAAUCACAUAAUUUACUACACAGUACAAGCUGAUUCUGUGGCCAAUGAGAUAGACCUUAGUCAGGGUAGCACCAUAUGCAGUUUUUUAUUGGAAUGAAAAUGAGGCUGUGAGGGAUAGAAAUACAGUGUGUUCAAUGGUUUGUACUACCCAGAUAGCAUGUAAUCUUUGAAACAAUGUUGAGUCAGUGUUGAUGCGUCAACACU